CCGGAGCCAUGGGCAAGUGCAGCGGGCGCUGCACGCUCGUCGCCUUCUGCUGCCUGCAGCUGGUGGCUGCACUGGAGAGGCAGAUCUUUGACUUCCUGGGCUAUCAGUGGGCUCCUAUCUUAGCCAACUUCCUGCACAUCAUGGCCGUCAUCCUGGGCAUCUUCGGCACCGUGCAGUACCGCUCCCGGUACCUCAUUCUGUAUGCAGCCUGGCUGGUGCUCUGGGUUGGCUGGAAUGCAUUUAUCAUCUGCUUCUACCUGGAGGUCGGACAGCUGUCCCAGGACCGGGACUUCAUCAUGACCUUCAACACGUCCCUGCACCGCUCCUGGUGGAUGGAGAAUGGGCCAGGCUGCCUAGUGACACCUGUCCUGAACUCCCGCCUGGCCCUGGAAGACCACCAUGUCAUCUCUGUCACCGGCUGCCUGCUUGACUAUCCCUACAUCGAAGCACUCAGCAGUGCUCUGCAGAUCUUCCUGGCUCUGUUCGGCUUUGUGUUCGCCUGCUACGUGAGCAAAGUGUUCCUGGAGGAGGAGGACAGCUUCGACUUCAUCGGUGGCUUUGACUCCUACGGAUACCAGGCGCCCCAGAAGACGUCGCAUUUACAACUGCAGCCUCUGUACACGUCGGGGUAGCUGCGCUCCCACCCGGGCGCCGCGUGCUUGCUGGCUAGACUGAAGCUGAGGCCACCAGGUCGGGCCCAAAUGGCAGGCGCGCCCCCUGGCGGCUAGCGGACCGACUGCAGCCUGCACUGGCUGGGUCCGCCGGACAUGGACCUGGCCCUUCGCAGCCCGACUCCAAGGGUGGGGCGGGCCGGGCGGGGG